AUGGAUGGAAAUUUUUAUGCCACUUGUAGAAGGGAAUGUAGUAUUUGCCUGUAUGAUUUACACUUGUCUGUUGUAGGGUGUUCAUGUUCAAAUGACAAGUUUGCGUGUCUUGGUCAUGCAAAACAUUUUUGUUCUUGCCCUUGGAGCAACAGAAUUCUCUUAUAUCGUUACGAGAUCAGUGAUUUGAAUGUUCUUUGUCAAGCUUUGGAUGGGAAAUUAAGUGCAGUCUAUAAAUGGGCCAAAGAGUAUCUCGGACUAACACUGACCUCUGUUGCCUCCAAGAGAUCAAAACCACAUCCAGAAAAUGUUGGUUGUUCAACCUUCCCUUUGCAAGACUUGCAUAUGAAAGAACCUAUAUUCCAGACAUCAUCAAAUGAAUCCUCAAAAGGGAAACGACGCAAAUUGCAGGAAAUAUUGAAUUCAUCAAAGAAAAAUCACAAUGAAGUGGUUUCAAGUUCUUCGAAAAAGAAACAAAAUGAAGUGGUUCCAAACUCAUCCAAGAAAAAACAAAAUGAAGUGAUUUCCCAGGUCCCGCAGACUUCUGGUGGCACUCACACUAAUCAUGACACUCAUUCAAAAAUGAAGAUAAAUUUGCUUCAGUCAAGCUUUGCAGAUGGUAAGAAAGGAAUCAAUUCUGUUGGCACUAAAAUUGAUACGAAGAUGGCUGGGCAUGAGUUAACAAUUUCAAGGAAAGGAGAUCCAAAAUCAUCUAAAGUUCCUUCUGUUACAAACUCACGUUACUUGUCUUUUCUUCAAGAACAUGAGUUACUUGAUGUUUCAUCUGAUAGUAUGAGCACAUCUUCGUCAUCAGAUUCUGAAGUUGCAUGA